AGAAAGCUUCGCUUCUACUUACGAUGUGUAAACGUGUUUCUGACGUUGACUAAACAGGAAGUGCCGAAAGCGAAAGAAGAGAUGACACAUGUUGAUGUUGUUAUAGUUUCAGCAGCCAGGACACCGAUAGGUGCUUUCAAUGGCAGUCUUUCAACUCUUCCUGCACAUGACUUAGGAUCAAUAUGCAUAAAAGAGGCUCUCCAACGGGCCAAUCUAAAAGGAGGGGAUGUUUCAGAAGUCAUUCUGGGACAAGCAUUAUCAGCUGGCCAGGGACAAAACCCAGCACGCCAGGCUAGUGUUAAUGCAGGUAUCCCAGUAUCUGUGCCGGCCUGUGGAGUAAACAUGUUGUGUGGGUCCGGACUGCGUGCCACAGUAAUGGGAGUACAGGCUAUAAAGUCAGGUGAUGCCCAGGUGGUGGUGGCUGGAGGGCAGGAGAGUAUGAGUAAGGCCCCUCAUUCUGUACAUAUGCGUUCAGGAACAAAGUUUGGUGACGUUUCUAUGACUGACACCAUGCUGUCAGAUGGGUUGGUAGACGCCUUCAACAAAUAUCACAUGGGCAUCACAGCUGAGAAUGUUGCUAAACAAUGGACAAUAACCAGGGAAGACCAGGAUAAAUUUGCUCUGAACUCUCAACAAAAAUGUGAAGCUGCCCAGAAAGCUGGUCAUUUUAACAACGAAAUUGUUCCAGUAACAAUCAAAACAAGAGCUGGUGAGAAUUUCAAAUUAUACAUGAUGCUCAAAUCUGGUUGAAAGGAUGAGUUCCCUAGAGCAGGCUGUACACUAGAGGGUCUCCAAAAAUUACGAGCAGCCUUUGUAACAGAUGGUACCGGAACUGUCACAGCAGGCAAUGCCUCUGGAUUAAAUGAUGGAGCUGCCUGCGUAGUGUUGAUGGAUGGGGCGGAGUCAGAAAAGCGUGGCCUAACUCCUAUGGCCAGAGUAGUUUCCUGGGGGCAAGCCGGAGUGGAUCCUUCAAUCAUGGGGACAGGACCUAUACCUGCAACUAAGAAGGCGCUGGAGAAGGCUGGGUGGAGUGUUGGUGAUGUGGACUUGUUUGAACUGAAUGAAGCAUUUGCUGCCCAGUCAGCGGCAGUGGUGAAGGAUUUAGGCUGUGACCCUAGUAAAGUAAACAUCAAUGGAGGAGCUAUAGCUUUGGGUCAUCCUAUUGGAGCCUCCGGGUCUCGGAUCCUUGUCACCCUUCUCCACGCCCUUCAUCGGACAGGGGGUAAAAAGGGUGUGGCUGCUCUGUGUGUUGGCGGGGGAAUGGGUAUAGCUGUUUGUGUGGAAAGGAUGUAGAAAUGACAGCACUUAAUGAAUGGAAACAUCAAGACUCAUUUACUUCUAUUAAACUGGUGUGCAUAUAUAUUACAACAUGGGUGUUGGGAAUUGGUGAUGAAGAGUAUAGCCAUGCACAAUUAGUUGUAGCUCAUUGGUGACUAGAGUUUGAAUAAUUUAUGUAAUUAUGAUAUUGUGAGCUGUCUCCCUUUUUCAUAUGACAUACAGUGUACUUUCAUUUUUUAAUUAGUUGAAAAUAUUAAAUCAGAACGCUUUGACUUGGCUUUGAGAAUUGAAGAAGAACUGAUGUAUAAUUAAAAUAAUAAGUCAGUAAUAGAUAAAAUCAUACUUGUUUUAUCGUUGUCAAGGAGAACUGUGGAAAUGAUUUCCUAGCUCUUCAUUACUACCCUGAGACAAUUACUUGGACUUUUCCCUUUGUAGCAGCUGUACACUGUAUACCAUAUGUUCCUUCUAUCUGUGAUAUAUUAUGUGUGGGACCACUAUGUGAAGUGUAAUGUAAACCAGAGACGGAUAUGUCAUAAAGGCCUGUGUAUAAAAUCAAUUUAUGUUGAUGAGGUCUCCGAGAGGCCACUUUUCCCAUUCUAGCUCAUCCAAAGCUAUGACAAAUAACUCAUUAGAAAUGUACAUGUUUUGUUAACACAUAACUAUAUUGUUUUCCCUAGUUUGUAUUAAAGCAUUUAAUUUCUUUAAAAUGGCUGAAUUAGCUCCUUGUGAAAUGGUUUCCAUGAAACAUUGUGUAUAUGACUAUAUGAUAUACAACGAUAAACAAUUGAUUGACUGACAAUUUAUGUAGUGUGGAUGCACUCAAUUUGAGUCGUGUAUCUUCUGGACAUUUGGAAUCGCAUUCCAUCAGAUUUUGGUACAUUCUGGACGCCUUCAGUCCCUUCCCGGAGUUGGUGGUGUGCAAGGACUUCAAGAUGGCGGCCGAAGAAAAUCAGACAUUCUAUAAAUGCGCAACUUGCUCAAGUUUGGAUUAACAUUACAGAAAUUCUCUCCUUUCAAUCAAGUAAUGAUUUUAAGAGGAGUAGGAAUUUAGAUAAAAGGAGUAUGUAGAUAGAUAUAGAUGUGACAUCAGUAUAAUUCUUUGAUCUUUAAAAACUUGAGGCAUCUCUAUAAAGCUAGUGAAACUUGUAAGUCACAAUAAUCUGAUAAUACCAAUGGAUAAUCUAGUGAGGAUUGAUAGGGAACUCAAUUAGCAGCAGUAUUUCCAAUAAUUAUAUUAGGUUAAUAUAAAUGGUCAUGUUUGGCGAAUCAUUCUAUAUUAAUUACAUUGGUCUCUGUCAAUUGUGAUGAUGAGAAAUGAGACAGAAAAUAUGGUUAUUCAAAUAUAUGGCUUGAUUGAUCAUUCACAGUUUAUAAAUACAUACAAAGCAGUCGAUAUUGCUGCCAAUAUAGUGAUAAUAAAUUCCUCAUCUUCAGUGGCGAUGACGUUUAGCACGCCUAGUACAAUGACAGAGAUGGAGGCAGUCAUAUUCAAUUUGUCUGGUAUCUGCUAUUAUGUUCGAUUUACAGGUCGUUUCAGAACUUUCAGAACAUUCAAGGACUGUCUGUACAAAUCAAGCACACCCUGUAUUUUGUUCUGUCAUCAAAAUGUCUCACACUUUCCUCAUACAUUGUUCCCAGAUUUUAAUGGCACAGAAUAUUAGUAUGGGAUAUUCAGGAUUGACUAGUAUGUAUACAUACCCGUAUGCAUUCAACUUUUUACCCUAAGUCCAGAGAUUAUACUGUGACCUUGUAUUAGCCAGGAUAUUUAGAGACUUAUGUUGAAGUACAGUAUUCCUAUUUUGUGGGUCUAACAUAUACAGUGUGUGGUAAAUCUUCGUUCAAAUGACUGGCAUUAAUUUUUUAGGUUUAAGUCGCUGUUUGGAUACUGAUUGGUCAGCUUUGGCUCUAUCUGGCCAAUAGAAAUAUUGGCUUCUUUUUUUCUCAAUAACUUGACUUAUUGACUGAAUUAAUGUUUUAUCUGAAAUGUUUCUGUAAGAGAUGAGAUUUUUUAUUGGUACAUUUUAUUGUUUUAUUGUUAAUGAUAUUAUAACGACAGGUAGGAAUUAAUUGAGAUUAUACAUAUCCUUUGAGCCAUCAAAACAAUACUUGAGAAUCAGUGCUAGGUAAAUCUAUAUGUAUGAAUUAAAUUUCUGGCAUAAUAAAUAAACCCGAAAGUCCAAGAAGAAUUUUUUAUAAGAUGCCUAUAAUAGACAAAUUACACCUGGGACUGGCCUGUGUAUCCUAAAAAAUACACCUAAAUUAUUGUUUCUUUUGAUGUUGAUACAUGCAUAGAAUGAUUCUUUGGUGUGAGAGGAAGAUUGUUUAUGUGACAAUUAGUAAACUGUUAGUAUGCAGUCCUAUCACUCGUUCAUCUGUCCUAUAUGAUGAUGGUAUCACGUGGGUGUUUUAAUAAAGGGAUUAAUAGAUUGUUAUUGUCUCUGUUAUGUGUAUCACGUGGGUGUUUUAAUAAAGGGAUUAAUAGAU